AUGGCGCCCGAAAACCAGGACAACCGCCGGUCAUGCAGCCCAUACCCGGCUAUCGUUGGCGGCGCAGAAUCCCUGCAAAGCCAGAAGAUCUAUCUUGAAAAUGAAAGUGAGAUGGACGACGAGCCUGAGCUGAUCAGCAGCAAGGCGAUGAUGGCCCGGCUCGGCGGCGUUUUUCCUAUGGACGAGGCCGUGAUCGAUGCGCGGCUCAAAGCCUUACCAAAGGGCGUUAAAUUCCUUUCUGUCGAGAAAGUCGCCACCAGCGCCUGGACGAUGCCCGGUCAAAUUAUGACCCUCGAGCCGGACGGGAGCGAGCGCCCCUAUUUUCUGAAGGUCGCCUAUGGCGAACACGGCCGUAUAAUGCUCAACGGAGAGUGGGAGUCGUCAAAGAUGAUUCACGACAUCAUGCCCAAUUUUAUUCCCACCCCGUAUGCCUUUGGACGGUACAAGGCCGGAAAGCCGGCCGCCUACUUCUAUCUCUCCGAAUUUGUCGACAUGGACGUUACCAGCGCCCCCGAUCCUGCUGCAUGGACCGCCCGUCUCGCGGCAAUGCACAAGGCCUCUGUCUCCCCCACCGGGAAAUUCGGGUUCCCCAUCAAAACCUGCGACGGUAUACUCGCCCAUACUGUAGACUGGGACGCGUCAUGGGCCUCUUUUUACCGCAAACUGCUCCUCGGAGCCUGCAAGUUGGAUCUGGAAACCAACGGACCCUGGCCGGAGCUCAAGCGUGCCACCGCUCAGGUCUGCGACGUCGUCAUCCCCAUGCUCCUUGAUAACCUGCGCACCGCCGAUGGCGAAGCCAUCAAACCUUGCAUCAUCCACGGCGACUUGUGGGAGGGGAACAUGGGCAUCAACACCCAGACCGGAGACACCCUGCUCUUUGAUGCCGGCUCCUAUUUCGCGCACAAUGAGAUGGAGUUGGGGCACUGGCGAUGCGAGUUCAGCUCUGUGUUCCGAGAUGAGGCCUACACGCGGCAUUACCUUCAAAACUACCCUGCUGCGGAGCCUGUCGAGGAGUUUGAUGACCGUAAUCGGCUGUAUAGCCUCAAGGGCGCCAUCAACUACUCGGCCGGACACCCAGGAACACCGCUUCGGAAGACAGCAUACAAUAAUAUGUGUUAUCUCUGUGAGAAAUACGCUCCGGUCGACGGAAUCGACAAGUAUGACCCAACGAUAGACCCAUCCAUCACUGGUGCACGGAUUGUGCCUCACCUUGCGGACGGCCUCAUCUGA